GACCUUUCAUGGUGGCUACAGCUUACGGCGGCCCAUUUUCAGCUCACCGUACUUUUGCCGCGAUGAGGACAAACGAUGAGCCCGCGAAAUCAAGCUCUCAGAGCGAUAUCUUGACGGCCAAGAAUUCAACGUCGGGCAGCGGAUACUACGUGGGCGGAAGCAGCACUCUGCCACGCGGUGGACCGCUCCUAAGGGCGUACAGCCCCGCGACAUCAAGCGUUGUCGGUGGACCGAACGCGACACCGACGCAGACCAAGACUCUUACGACACCAGAUGGUUGGAUAGGUGGUGGCGGGGUGCCGCCGGCCAAGCCGCUUCGCAGCUACCAGUGUGGUAAGAGUCCCCUUGGCAGCCUCGGGGGCUCGGCGCGCUUCUCUCGAGACAGCUCGGUCUCCCUCUAUAGUAUACCAGAUCGACUACACGGAGAGAGUGGAUACAUGAGCAGCCCCGAACGUGGCGCCGGCGUCGGUUCCGGAAGCGGAAGAUAUCCACCCGGGCCUUACAGCGCUGGUAGCAGCUACGAAGAUCCAUACUACUCGCAAUACUCGGGUACCGUUACCCCGGUUAUCGACGAAGAAGCCAGGAUAAGAGUGGAGCACAUGGAGAGACAACUGGCCAAUCUCACCGGACUUGUUCAGAAAGCUUUGACGCACGCCCCGCAUACCAGCCCUUCGCCGCGGGAAUACUUGCAAGUCCCGCCAGGACGUGAUCCUUACGGGAGGACCGCAGGCGUCGGGGACGAGUUCGACAAACAUUCUAGCUCCAGCUCUGCCUCACUGCCAGUGUCUCAACCUGCCGUUACAGAUGACUCGUACUUAAGGACUGACGUUAAACCGCCAAAAUUAGGCAAAGACAAGUCGGUGUCGUUUGAAAAGUCAGUGUCCUUCAGUGACGAGCCACCAGACAUGAACUCCCCCAAACAACAUUCCCCGCAACAUGCAGCGGACACAAAACCCACGAAACCGGCAAUCAAAUCCUCCACGUUGCCGAGGAUGUCGUCGCAAGAGAGAGACAGGCACAAGCCAACACCGCCGCCGAAACCGGCCGCACUGGUGACCGGCCAAUACGUAUACAGGGAUCUGGCUCUUACACCGGAGAUGUAUAAUCAAUUGAGAGGUCUGCAGAAGAAAGCGAAGGACCUCAGGCAGGAAGUGAGAAAUCUCAGACGAAUGUCGCAAGCACAAGCCCAUACAGUGCGCGAGACUAUUAAGGACACAUUUAUUACAAUCAGAGCUAUGCUGUUAUCGGGAGGUGACACAGCUUGGACGGCCGGUGACACGGAGAAGAUCCGAUUGAGCCGCGAAGAAGACCUCUACAAGCAGGAAAUGAUAAGGCUGGAAAAAGAUCUGACCGAGCUGGAGAGCACUGUGGAGGAACUUCGCGGCAACGUGAUCAAUAGAAAGACGCGUGUCAAUAUGUCGGAUGUGGAGAACAUGGCUCUGAUAUUGAGUAAAUCCAGCAAAACUGUGGCUGACUUGAAAGUACGAUUCCCGAGCUUGCAAGAAGGUAUGAAGGGUCUGCUUAGUUCCGAAAUGGAAAAAGUGGUGCGCGAGGAAAAGUUCCUCAAGGAAGAACCCGAACGACUGGAGUCCGCGUUGAGACGUUGCAAAAAACUGACUGGCACACUCGUGACACUCAAGCGCUUGGCGUCGGUGCAAGAGCAGCGAUUGCCAAAUGCAGCGAGCGUAGACGCCGAGGAUACGCCACCAAUAACACCAACAUCAGCACAGCAUUCCAAGGCAGCUGCCCCUGUGCCAGCGGAACGCACUGUCGUGGGGUCAGCGGGCAUCCUCGGGGGAGGGGGCCACCCUCACGAGUCAUCCGCCGACCAUCAGCAGCGUCCGGAGAACGCACUCGACGCUCUGCUAGACGAGCUGCAGACCUUUUCUCGUCCAAGUUCGCAGAUGGGUCACGUGUCCGGAGGACUGUCGGUCCAUCAUCCGAGCGGCAACGCGCUUCUGGCUGACAUAGGCCGCGCCUCCAGCCUGCGAGAGUCGACGACCAUCUUGGCGACCGGCAGUGGGAGCGGCAUUCGCGCGCCCAGCAUCAGCGACAUCGGUCGCAAGGGCAGCGUGGACUCGUCCAGCGGUGCCCUCAUGGCACCCCCCGCCCUUCCCGGGAUGGCACCGGGCGCUAGCGGCACUCUUCGUCGCCUGCACUCGUAUCCGUCGAGCUCGGACACCGACACCUCGCCGCCGAUCGCCAGGCUACAGGCGCUCUCACUGCAGGAUCAACAACAACCGCAGCAGCAACCGGGCAUGCCGAUGCUGCCUCAGGGCUUUUUGCCCGGGCAGAAGCCGCCGGUGCCAGAACGGAACGCCGAACUGCUGCAGCUGGCCAGCGCCAGGCGAGUGCCGCCGCCGCCGCCGCCGCGCACCAGCUCCCGAUCGCCUUUGGCAAGUCCGACCAGUCCGCAGCUGCCACCUAGAAACCAUCCGUGCAGUCUGCAGAGCGGCAACGCGACCUUGCGCCGACCGGCGACGCGCGUCAUUAGUAACAGCAACGUCGUCGGCAAAGAGGGUAAACUGCCCAUGGCAUUGCCACCGGACGCCACGGCGAUCCUGUCCACCGUGGACCAGCAGGCGACAACCGCGCCGUCGGGCGCGGCCAUCGUGCCGCAUAACUCCUCGUCCUCGCAGUCGUCCGCAGUGCUGUCGACUAGCAACUCGAGCUCAUGCGAGAGCGUCAAUUCGCAAGAGGGACUGCAGAGCAAACGCGGCCGGCAGGAGCAGCUGGAACAGCGGCAUCAAGAGCUCCUGAAGAAGCAGAAGGCGCUGCAGGAACAAUACGCGCGGUUGCAGCAGCUGCAGAGGAACGCAGCCGGACUCACUACCGUGCCGCCGGCGCCGCCCGAUUUGCUGAAGAAAACCGGUUCCGAGAGUAACCUUCUGGCGAAGAUGGGCCUUGGUCUGAGCGCCGCAAGUUCCGGAUCUCUCACCAGUCUUAGUGUCAAGCCCCAAGUGCCGCCGCAGGAGGCUGUCAUUGCCGACGGGAAUCAGGUAACCAAGAUAGACGUCGUCAACGGACAAACAUCCGUUCCAAUAACCUCCGCGACGAUGACGACCAACGGCCAGAUCCCCGCCGGCGUCACCACUUCGACGACGAUCGUAUCGAGCUCGGGGAACUUGGGCCCAAUCACCAACGUCACCACGACCACCAGCAAAGUCUAUGAGACGGACAUUCUGUGACCGAGAAGCCGCUUGCUGAUCGGCUGCGCGACCGUCAAGGCCACUGAAAUUGCGCCAGCGAGUUAACACGACCACUGACUAGCGUGGUUCUUGAUCCUGGGCGGAAUGAUAGUCAAGGCGGUUGCAAUCAAAUGAGACGAAUGGGAGAAGAAACGGAGAGCGGAAGGAUUCGAGAUGAGGAAUUGCUAAAAAAUUAAAGGGACCGAAUCGCUGGCGGAGAAACCUGAGCAAACCGGCAAACAUCGCAGAAGCAUCCAGAGAAAGAAGAAGAGAAAGAUUUAUUCUUGAGCGACGAAGACUCCGUCGUACGCGGGCGCAUUACGUCUCUUGGAAAGUAGAAUACAGCGUAGGAAUUUUAGCGCGGGACACGCGUAAUAAUACCACACUAAUCAACUAUGAAUAAACGAUAAUAUUAAUAAUCGUUAAGACGGCGCGAGGAAACCUAUCGACACGCGCGAACGCAUAGCAAAACGUCAACGUCCGAAUAGGAAGAAAAGGAGGAAAAAAAA